UCUCAGCUAGAGAAAAAAGCAAAACAAUCAUUUUUAUCCCCUUUGCCGGCUGCUUUUAGGGGCAUAGUGAAAUACAGUCUUUCCCCAUUAUUGCAACAGCAGGGAGUCGUAAUCCACACCGUACUGUUAAAUGCAUCUUAUCCCGUUCAGCACUAAAAUCUACCGAAAGCUGGCGAUAUUGCUGUAGUUACAUUUGAUCCAGGUUUAAAAUGACUUCCAAACGCCUUCUUCUCGAGCAGUCUCGAGCCGGCGACAGCACGCACGCGGGAGGCUGCACCGGGCAGCGCGAGCAUGUCACUGUCCUGAUGAUAGCAGCACGCGAGAACGGAGCGUUUAACGGGAAAGCUUUUCAAACAAACACCGAAUGGACACCGAAAGGACAUUAUUGUACUUCAACUACGAGAGAGAGGCACUACAUCCAUAAGAAAUUUACCUGCGGCAGAGAGGAGGACGAACAAAGCUCAGCUCCAAGUGGGGUCCUCAAACAAGGCUGCCCUGUUCAUCGUCUGGUCCUAAAUGGCCACAGGCUACAAGACCAAACCCAUAUGGAGGCUUGGACCUCAGUGAGAGGGCCCGAGGAGCGAGGAUGCUGCCUGCCAUCUCCCGAGGCCCCGCACCUGCAUACAUCCUCCAUCAUCCACGUCCCACAUGACAGGAGACCUUCUGGUCAUGCUGAUAAGGAGGUGAUGGCCGCUACCGUCCUGACCACACUUUCCACCAGUCCGCUUGUGCUCAACCCCUCCACCAGUGUCUCAGGUGCAGAGCUGACUAGUAAGGGCUGGAAGGAGAGCCUGUCGACCAGCUACAGCAGCUCCACCAGUGGGAACUGGAGCUGGGACACCAGUGACCAAUCAGUGCCCUCCACACCAUCCCCGCCCCUCUCCAAUGAGGCUGGUAAGAGUUUCCUGCUUUGCUCCCAGAGUGAUGACAACAUUGAGGAAACCGAGACUACACACUUCCUGUUUGAGGACCCCAUCCCUCGAAAACGAAAGAACUCUAUAAAGGUGAUGUUUAAGUGUCUGUGGAAGAACUGCGAAAAAGUCCUCAGCACCUCCUCAGGGAUCCAGCGGCACAUCCGCACCGUCCACCUGGGGCGAAAUGGAGACUCUGACUACAGUGAUGGUGAGGAGGAUUUUUACUACUCUGAAAUCGAGGUGAACAUGGACACACUUUCAGAGGGGCUGUCCAGUCUCACACCCACCUCACCCACUACAUCUGGGCCACCCCCUGUCUUUCCUGUCCUGACCUGUGAUACGCCUCGAUCCGAGCCCGCUCACACCCCUCUCAGCCAAUCAGCACCAUCGGCGCUGUGCCACAUCCGCACUGACCAUGCUUACCAGGCUACAACCUCUGUCAGCAUUCCCAGCAUGCCCUCUGAGCCACCUCACAGUGAGGACAGAAUUAGUGUAUCCUGGCAGUCACCUCCUGUCAUAUUUAAAGGCCCACUGGGCCCAAUGACUCAGAUCCGCACUGUUAGCAUCGGUGAGAAGAGACAACCUGUUAACCACACCACCGUAAGCAAGACGCAUAUCAGCCCCUCCAAUUCCAAACCCACCACUGGAACCAGGAAACCCCGUAGUGAAGCCAAGAAGUGCCGAAAGGUCUAUGGCAUGGAGAAGAGAGAUUUGUGGUGCACAGCAUGUCGCUGGAAGAAGGCCUGCCAGCGUUUCACUGACUGAGCUCUAGUCGUUACUAUGUCAAAAUGUGCUCUUCGGUUGUCGGUGUACCAUGGACUGAGAACUGAUAAACUCCUCCAUGCUCUCAGAAGGGUAUUUUCCUUGAGAGCUGAGAUGAUGCUAUUCUGAGAGAUGUGGCCAUUUAAAUGUCACUGUUUUCUCCAGGCCACAAGAGGGUUCUCUUUUCCUGCAGCUUCCAUAGUGGAACAUUUGAGAUUUUGUUCAGAAAAAUUAAGAAAAAAAUGAAAAAUAUCCAAAAAAUAUUUGAGAAAAAACUUUGGCUUUUGCUGUAUUGUUAUAUUAGGGCAAAAACAUUUUUUAAAAAAUUAAAAAUGUAAAAAAAUAUAUUUAAAAACAUCCAGAAACAAGACUUUCAAAGCUGAUUUUACAGUUUAUUAUACUUUAACAUUGUGCAUGUGUUCUUUGGAAUACACUAGCAGAAUUUUUUCCCAAUAAUUUUUAAGUGUGGCAGACUUUAUACAUGGCAGUUUUACUGUUAUCAAACUCUGUAAGCUAUUUUUUUAUUUGGUAUUGACUAUUUUUGAACAGUUAACCAUCUUACUUUUGGUUACAUUUAUUCAGCAACCCAAAUUCAAAUGCUGUUUAAAAAAGAAACCUGGCCUAUCACAUCAUUUACACUUAAAUCAAACAGUCUAACUUGCCAUCUGUUCAAAGUUGAACUGUUUCUGGAUGGUUUAUCUUGCCUAUAAGCACUUUUUAACACCCAUGAAAAUUAUUUGCUUUUCAAUUUUGUAAAGCAGAUUACAGUUUAGCAUUGCUGUUUCUUUUAGGAAUCGCAUAAUGCAUUCUCGCACUCUUGGCGCGUUCAUGUAAACAGUGACUGUUUUAGCAAAUUUUCAAGAGUUAUUUCAACACUCUUUGCUACGUUUUUGUCUCCUAAUAUCUCUAAAUAAUAAUGAGCCUUUUAGAGAGAGCCCGCUGUGUACUUCAGCGUGAAUAGUUGUAGUGCAGGAAUGUAAAAUGGUCUCUCUGCACUAAUGCACCAGAAAAACUAAUUCUCUGUCCCUUACAGAUCAACUGCAUGCCUCUUUAUAAGCUAUGAGGUUUAUUCCUAUCAGUCCUCAGUAUUAAUUUAAAAUAGUUGGCACUUUAAUUGGCCAAGAUUUUACAGCGGCUUUAAUAAGUUCACUUUAAAAUUGAACAAAGGCAGUCUGCUGAAGUCGUUUAGCACAGUUAGGACAUAGUGAUAAGGCUAAUGUAUACUUUGGUUUUCCGCAUGCUGCUAAACCACCAUCCACACUGUCCGCCUCGUGUACUUGUACAUGCCUGUGUGCAUUGUCUGCGCAUGUGUCUGGAAUUGACUGUUCAAAAAGUAGUCAUGGUGCGCAUGCGUUGAAUGCAUCCACACAGGCUCACAGUGAAUAGACUACACUUUGAAAGGCUAGAACGGCUGACCGUGUGCGAGAUGUAACGGCACGUGGAAAAACAAAGUAUACCCUAGCCUUAUAGUGUACUUUGGUUUUCCGCGUGCCGCUAUGUCUCGCGCAAGGUGCACGAUGCAUACAUUGUCAUCAGCACAGUUCACACGAAGCCCAGUUUUUGUAGCCUUGCGUACUUGUAGGCAUUGUCUGUACAUAUGUCUGAAGUUUACUGUACUAAAGAAUAUCACAAAGCAGUCGUAGUGAGCAUGCGUCGAACAUGUCCAUACAAGCUUAUGGCCAAUAAAUUUCAUCAUUACCACAGUCUGCAUGGACUAUCCACGUGAGCCACCAUAUGGGCUCAUGGUCAAUAAGCUACACUUUGAAAGGCGAAGUGAUGCAGUGACAUGCAGAAAAAUGAAGUAUACCCUAGCCUUAAAGUAUAAUUUGGUUUUCUGCGUGCCACUACAUCUUGUGCACAUAAAUUCCAUCAUCAGCAUUUCUUCAGCAUGCAGCCCAGUUUUUGUAGCUUCUUAUUAUUGUGCACAUGCGCAUGUGUCUGGAGUUGACUGUUCUAAAGAGUAUCACAAAGUAGUCAUAGUGCACAUGCGUCAAACGUGUUUUUACGGGCUCGACGCAAUAUAGACCAAAUUUCUAAAAGCUAGAAAGUGCCACCGUGCACGAGAAGUUACAGCAAGCGGCAAAACGCAGUAUAACUUAGCCUUAAAGUAUACUUCAAUUUUCAGUGUGCCGCUACACCUUGUGCACAGUGCGCCUCGUGUAAAUUUCAACAUUAGCACAGUCUGCACCGACUGUCCGCAUGCAGCCCUGUUUUCAUAGCUUUGCAUACUUGUGUAAAUUCACAAGUGCAUGUGCCUGGAGUUGACUGUACUAAAGAGUUUCACAAAGCCGUUGUAGUGCGCAUGCGUCAAAUGCGUUUGUACGGGAGUAUACUUUGAAAGGCUAAAAUGUGCAACCAUAUGCAAGUAUACCCUAGCCUAGCCUUAAAGUAUACUUUGGUUUUCCACGUGGCGCUAAACCUUUCACAUAGUGCACGUGGUAUAAAUUUCAUCAUCAAAUCGGCUUGCAUGGUCUGUUUGCAUGCAGCCCAGUUUUUGUAACCUCUCGUACUUGUACGCGUCUGUGCGCAUCGUCCCUGCAUGUGAGUGGAGUUGACUUUACUAAAGAGUAUCGGAAAGCAGUCGUAGUGCACAUGCGUCCAAAAUGUCCGUACUCUCUAGCGGCCAAUAGACUACAUUAUGAAAGGCUACAUGGACUGUCCGUGUACAGCCGAGUUUUCGUAGCCUUGUGGUACCCUUUGUGUCCCAUACAGAAUGUUGUAAUUAUCGCCAAAAUAUGGGACGUCCCAGCUAAUAUGGGAGAGUUGACAACCCUAAGCCUUGCUUACCUGUCCGCAUCUGAUCACAUCGUCUGUCCAUGUGCCUGGCAUUGACUGUACUAAAGAAUACACAAAGUCAAAUGCGUCCAUUUGGGCUUGCGCUCAAUUGAGUAUACUUUAAAUGCUAGGGAUGCACAAGAUGUAACGACACGUUGAAAAACAAAGUACACCCUAGACUGUAGUGACUGGCUAACUAAACUAGAACAGGACAUACCAGUUUCAAAUGAUCCAGUUCCAAAUUACCAUAAAACUAGUGUUUUUUGUACAGAUGCAGAACUUGUACGCAGUAAUUAUUUGCAGCUUUCCCUGGUUAAUCCUGUCCAUGCUGUGCUUCCUAAGGAAUUAUGUUCUUCUUAUACAGCAUAUAGCUACAAACCAUAUGGAUCGGCAGCACUGUACAUAUUAUUCACAGGCUUACUCUGACAACAUGUAGACGUGUGUGAAUGUAGAUACUGCCAUGUCUUACACUGUGCUAGACUUUCGCUUUCAAUAUCGAGUUGAUCAUAUGGUGUUUUCAUGUAUACACACGGCUGGGUGUGCGCUGUGCUAUCUGACCCCGAAGCCAGCUCUGAGCUGUUUCCCUUGAUAACACUUGAGUCAUCUGGGUCUAUAGUGACUGGAUAUAUGAAUGUGAUUUGUCAGAUCAUUAAGGUUGGAGAACAUUAAAGCAAAAGUUCACACAAAAAUGAAAAUUCGACAUUAAUAUAUAAUGUUUAUUUUUUUCCACCUUGCAGGUUGGAAGAGUUAAUAUUGGUUUACCUUUUCAGUCCAAACAAAAUAAUCAAAAAGUGUAGCACUGUCUCAAAAAGCUUUUAUAAAUCAUGGGAAUCAAAGAAACAAUUGGGCUGGUGCACAAUGCCAAAUGACCAAAUGUCAAGGCAUAUUGUCCAAUCACAGCUUAGAGCAGCUUUGUCUUCUCUUUUUCCAGUGGUCAGAAAGGAAAGAGAGUGUGUUCCUCUCAUGAUCAUAACCUUCACUAAGUGCCAAUGAGAAGAACAAGAGGGAAAACAUUUAAUUGCACUAAUUUGUACUGCACAAAACGUAUAUUUUUAUGUGUCGUUUUUAUACACAGAAAUUGAAGUUUUUAAAAGAAAAAGCUUAAUGGUCGUAUGGUGACCGCCAUCGUUUUCAAUUUUCAUUGGGUCAGGGAUGGGUCUUUUCACAGACCUCCUAAGUAUAAGCUUACUUGGCGGUACUUUAUGAUGUUGUGCUAGUUUGGGCCUCGCAGCACAUGUCUUGCCCUCAGCGAUUUGACUGCAGGCUUUGGUGACUGUCAUUCAGGCUCCUUUGAUUCUUGGAAAUGUCACUGUCUUAGUUUUUGAUGGCUUGUCUUGUUUUCCCAUGUAAAAUGUUGCGUUGUUGUCCAUAGGACAAGAGUCAUGGGAAGAUUUGGAUUUAAAGGGAAAAGUUCACCCAAAAAUAAAAAGUCUGUCACCCUUUACUUAACCUUGACAGAUGUUAGGAAGAAUGUAAGCCUCAGUCACCAUUCACUUUCAAUGUAUGAAAAAAAGAUGCAAUGAAAAUGAAUGAGUGAAUGAGGCUGUCGGUGCUGAACGUUCUGACUAACAACUCUUUUUGUGUUCCACAUAAGAAAGAAAGUCAAACUGGGUUUGGACAUCCCUUUAACCAUCAAAAAUCGAAUGAGUUUUUGAGCCAGGAGUCACAAAGUGAAUCACUUUUUUGGCUUUUUUGCCAAAACUUAUAUAUGACAUAAGAUAUAAAAUGGAAACCAUAAAAGAAAAGAAAGAAUUGUAAGAUUGCCUUUUCGUUUUUGAAUUGAGAGUCUAGUGAAAAAACAUGUAAAUAUUCAUUGUAUAUUUCGGGCUAAAGGGUAAAUGGGGAAAAAGAAGCAUCAACGAAUGUAAAAUCUACAAAACAAUAUGCCUGUAAUCUUUCACGGCUGUUUGUUUUUUUAAUUGCCUGUCUCACACAAAUUUCUUUCAGUCUUUUAUUUUCAUGCAUAUCAACCACUCAGAGUUUUUUCUUUUUAGUUUUCAUUUUCAGUUGACAUGCUUUAAAUCUGCCCUUGCAUUAAUACGAUUUCAUUAUUCAGAAAUAUCUGUGUAUAAGUGAGUCUAUACAUCAUGAUGUAUGUAUUUUUGGAAGGUAGGAUGGAUGUUACUAUGUGGAUCAUGAUGUCAUUCUGCCCUGCACAUUCCAUUUGAUGAUUUUUGUCUGUCUGUUCCCUGUAAUUCUAGCUUCACUUACUGCAUGUUGGUUCUUUUCAAACUGGAUUUUCAAAUGUUUCAGUGUUAAUAAAAUAAGGAUUUUCACAGUACUCACAAUAAUCGAGACGUCACUUCGGUGCAGGAUCUUUUCAAAACAACGAUUUCUCCCUUUUUGUGUUAGUUUUACUGUUUAGGCCUUGACGUUUUGUCAAGCUCCCUUUUGACUGUACGUUUCCUUUCUUUCUCCAUUGUUCCGCAUUGGUUUAUAUUUGAUGCAUGUCUUGUAUCAUCUUUGUACUAUCUGGCUUUAUUUGUUUUUCAGAGGUUGACAGUGAUGUGUCCAGAGUUGAGUGAAUGCCUGAGAGGAUGGAGGUGUUUCUGGUGUUUACUUGGUUGGUAAUGAGAGUGGGAUUUCUGUAAUGUGGAGAUUUAAAUAAACAUGGAUUUCAGAAAGAU